AUGGAUUCUCAGAGGGGUGUUGUUGAAGAACCUAGAUCUCAUCAGUCUUUGAAUAAGCAAGGCUCUCUUUAUAGCUUAACACUCGACGAGGUCCAAACCCAUUUAGGGAGUUCUGGUAAAGCACUUGGAAGCAUGAAUCUUGAUGAGCUACUCAAGAGUGUUUGUUCCGUUGAAGGUAAUAAUAACAAUCAGCCAUCUUCCAUGGCUGUCAACGGUGCUGCUCAGGAAGGUCUCUGUCGUCAGGGGAGUUUGAAUUUGCCACGGGAUCUAAGCAAAAAGACUGUUGAAGAGGUUUGGAAAGACAUUCAGCAGGACAAGAAUGGAGGUGGUGGUAAUAAUGGUCAUGAGAGGAGAGAUAAGCAGCCUACUUUAGGGGAGAUGACGCUUGAGGAUUUGUUGUUGAAAGCAGGUGUUGUGACUGAGACAGUACCUGGUCCUGGUGGUGGUGGUGGUUUAGGGCAAAACAUAGCUCAAGUUGGCACUCCUUGGGUUCAGUAUCAUCAGCUUCCGUCAAUGCCACAGGCUCAAUCAUUCAUGCCGUAUCAAGUUAAUCCAGACAUGCAAGCGAUGGUGUCUCAGACUUCUUUGAUGGGUGGUUUAUCAGAUACGCAAACUCCAGGGAGGAAGAGGGGAGCUUCAGGAGAAGUUGUGGAGAAGACUGUUGAGAGGAAACAGAAGAGAAUGAUAAAGAACAGAGAGUCUGCAGCUCGUUCUCGAGCUAGGAAACAGGCUUACACUCAUGAGCUAGAGAUUAAAGUUUCACGGUUAGAAGAAGAAAACGAAAGACUCAGGAGGCAAAAGGAGGUAGAGAAGAUCCUCCCAAGUGCACCACCACCUGAUCCCAAGCGGCAGCUGAGGAGAACAAGCUCAGCUUCUUUCUGAUCUCAAAACUCUUUUUUUUUCUGCUUCUGUAUUAGUUUUGCUUAUAAAAAGAAAAAGAGGAAAACAGUUUGUUUCUUUGUACAUUCUUGACUUGGAGCAAUUCUGUUAAGUUCCUUCAGAACAUUCCGAGUUAUUUUAGUAUCAGCAGCAAUCUUUUUCUCGAGUAUCAAAUUUAGAGGUUGAACAGAAUGAAAGAACUUGGAUUUGUAUAAUUUGAAGACAACAAUACUCUAUAGACCAGUCUGUAAAAUGGAUCACACAAAAAUCUCUUUGAAUUUGCCAAGCCUUAUGGGCCAGCUUCGUUCUCUUAUGUAGACAUUAUCUUUAACUUUCAUCAUAAGAACUUGUUUGCAACAUGUUCUGCAAUAGCCAAGCUUGAAGUUAAACCAGGCGACUCGAUGCCAAAGAGAUUCACAAGGCCAGUAACUCCAUGAGUCUCUUCCCCCUGCACAUGAGAAAACAAAUGCUUUCAUAACAAAACCAAAGCUGCCACAGGGAACAAUGCUUUUGAGAACAAAAAUGAUUACCUGUAUGACAAAAUCUGAGGGU